GCGCUCAUAAGUAGCUAGUGCAAAAUGACGAAACGAACUCGUAAAUCGUUAGCGGCAAUAGCGGCAUUAUCGUCGCAAGUUGUUAAAUGUAAUCAGUGUAACAUAGUGAUCAAUGAGUUGUUAUCUUUUGUACAAAAUAAGCACGAUAUUAUGGAUAGUGACAGUUUGAUUCGAAUAUGUGUAACGGCUUUCUCAAAAGAAGAUAUUGAUCGCGCUAAGUCUCUCUUGUUCCAAGCAGUACCAACAGAUCUACGAAAUAUAGUGAGGAAAAUGAUUGGAAAAGAACAGCGAGAUGUAGAAGACAUUUUAAAAGUUUUCAAACGAACUGAUCCUGAGAAGAUACCGUUGUUUGUGGCACACGAUCUGAACAAACUACCACCUAUAACUUUCGACCAUGUAGAUGUGACAAGGUUAUUACGAGACCUGCUACUGCUUAAGUCUGAAAUUGACAAUAUCAAAGAAAAUUAUGUCACAAAAGAGCAGUGGGCUCAAACAAAAACCGACGCGUCUAGUCUGAGGCUACCCAACGAUGACUCGUCGUCCGAAAAGAAUCUCAGUGUCUUAGGUCAUAAUGCACAUAAUAAGGUGAAACGUUCGAGUGAUACGUUUGUAAAUAAAAACCGUCGAGGUGGUUUUGUGCAUGAACAGAGUUAUAACUGUGACAGUGGCCCAUUUGGAAUGUUGCAUAUACCGUCGAUAUACUCGAGGUCAUCUACCCCAGAGUCAGCUGCUGAUAACGGGAAUGCAAGUCAUUGUGUCACGGGCUCCAAACUGUCCCUCUCGAACACAGCAGAUGCGCGCAUGCAGCCUACUGUGUCUCACAUGGCGCACACAAACCUAACAGAACACCACAAUACCGAGAUACGAUCGCCUCCCUCCGCCGCGCGCGAAAGUGAUACUUCGCACUCACUUGCUCAUACUGAGAUGCCCAUCGUCAAGCGGCAGGGAUGCACCGCGGAUGAUAACCGUGCGCCCGCAUCUAUACGACAAAAUAAUAACAAUAACACGAGUACUUUAGGCUCGGCAGGCGGCAAGAGUUAUCCGAAGGAAGGUGUGAAAGACACUUGUACAGAGGUCAAGGAGACGUACUCAAAUGUUGUUCGUCAUAAUAAUAAAGGGAAAAAACUUGCACGUACUUCUAUUAUGGAUAAGGCAUGGGUGCAGAAACAAGAAUAUAGAAUACGGAAUAGAAUCAUAGGUAGACAGGGUACAGCGGAACCAGACCCUAACUGUAAAUUCCGAGCGGCCGAUAUUCGGGUGCCGCUUUUUGUUUAUAAUGUUGAUAAGAAUGUCUCAUCGCGCGACAUAGAAGAUUACGUGCAAACAAAAACACGUGUAAAGGUCACAGCGGAGCAGGUGUAUGUAAAAGCGGAGAAGAUGUAUAACGCUUAUAAAAUUCUUGUUCCUAAUCAUAAACUACAGACUUUUCUGGAUGACAAUAUGUGGCCCGAGGGAAUAUCUUUUCGACGUUACAUCGAGUUUAAAAAUGUAAACAAUUGCAACACCCAGGUAACCAGAGAUAACGUAAAUGGGAAGUACAAAUAAUAAAAAUAAUUCU